AUGGAAGGUAUCAAUGGCACCAUCUUCGCAUAUGGUCAGACGGGCAGUGGCAAGACUUUCACCAUUACCGGAGGUGCCGAAAGGUAUGAAGACAGAGGACUGAUUCCACGCACCAUUGCCUACAUCUUUGAGGAGUUCAAAAAGCGGAAAGACGCAUCAUACCGCAUGUUUAUCUCCUACCUGGAGAUCUACAACAAUGAUGGUUAUGAUCUGCUGAGUCGAGAGGAAACAACUUCCAAAUUGGAGGACCUUCCAAAAGUGCAACUGCGUGAAGAUGAGGAGGGAAACAUUCAUUUGCGCAACCUCUCUGUGAACAUGGCACAGAAGGAAGAGGAUGCGCUAAACUUGCUCUUCCUGGGGGACACGAACCGCGUGGUCGCAGAGACGCCAAUGAACGAUGUCUCUACGCGAAGCCAUUGCAUGUUUAUCAUGUGGGUUGAGUCGACGAAACCCGACAGCGACACGGUUAGGAGAGCCAAAUUGCACUUGGUUGAUCUUGCUGGCAGCGAGCGAAUCUCCAAAUCCGGGGUUGAGGGUCAGCUUCAAAAAGAAGCUCGCUACAUCAACUUGUCCUUGCACUAUCUGGAGCAAGUCAUCGUUGCGUUGCACGAGCGCACCACCGGAGGGCGAAAUCAUGUGCCUUACAGGAACUCGAUGAUGACUUCUGUUCUGCGGGAUUCUCUCGGUGGAAAUUGUAAGACUGUCAUGGUGGGCACUGCAGCGAUUGAAGACCGGCAUCUUGAAGAGUCCAUGUCGACGUGCCGCUUCGCGCAGCGGGUAGCUGCCAUCAAGAACAACGCCACGAUCAAUGAGGAGCUGGACCCCGCGCUGCUGAUCCGACGUCUGAAGAAGGAGGCCGCCGAGCUGAAGGACGAGCUGAAGCUCCUUAACGGCGAUGACGCUGAGGACUUGAAUGAGGAUGACAAGAAGGAGUGCCAGAAGUUGGUGCAGGCAUACCUCGUUCAGCAGGACCCCGAGGCACUCUUCGUGGCCGGGUCACUGGCUCGGUAUCAGGAGUGCUUCUCCUUGCUUCGUGAGAUCUAUUGGCAGAAGGCGGGCUCCAAUGAGCCGCCCAAGAUGAACGGUGCUGAGCCAAGGAUCCAAGGAAACCUCCUUGGAACCCUUGAAGGAACACUUCAACAGCUCCGUCAAGAGGUUGCCAUGCGUGACCAAGAGAUCAGCAUGUUGGUUGGUUCCUUGAGCAAGAGGGGUAACGCCAAAGAGGCUGCAACGGCAGGUCCCAUCUUCAUCCCAGCAGCGGGCGCAGCGUCAGCCGGAACAUCGGCUGGCACGCAAGGCCAGGGCAACGAGGGACCAGCUUCAACACCCGAGAGGGUCGCAGGAUGUGUGGCAGGAGCGGACUCUGCCGCUCUGCUGCUUGACAGGAACAAAGCCUUUGACGCCUUCCGCAAGUCCGUGCGUCGCAGUGAGACACUGGAUGAAGGUCGCGACACGCGGAAACAGCUGGUGAUCGAAGCCAAGGACGUGGGCGAGCGGGCGAAUGCAGCAAGAGCAUCGGUGCAAACGAUACAAAGCAAGAUUGAGAAGGAGCGCUUGGGAAGAAUGAUGGGCACCGGACCCCACGAUCCCAGUUGCAAGGAGAAUGUGGUGCCAGCUGACACUCCUGAGGUCGCAGCGCUGGAGCGAGAGAAGGAGGAGAAGAUUUCUACCUACAAGAAGUGCAUGGAAAGACUGAAAGUGGUUAAGGCCGAGAUCGAGAAACACAAGUCUGCUGCAAAGGAAAAUCAGGAGCGUUUGCAGCGAGACUUUGAGGCGUGGUACCUCUCCUUGCAGGCUCACCAGGCAGACCUGACCGUUGAAGCUGCAGGUGAUUCAGGCCCAGCGAGGCCAGCGUCUGCUGGCAGCCCCUCACCAGUUCCGGAAGCAAGUCCUAGGAGCAACUCUGCCAAAGAAAUACGGAAAGUGCCGGCAGGUGUGCCAGCUGUGCCUGCUACCUCACUUCAAUCACCUCCCCUCGCACCAGCAGAAGCGUUCACAGGUCAUCAACAGACGGACGAUGACAUUCGGGCAUACUUCGCAGCCGUUGCAGAUUUGGAGUCCCGCUGA